UCUGCCGACGGGUUUCCGACUGGCAUCCUUCCGAGGGGAGCCGUCCGGGCCCGAUUGGCUGCCCCCGGGAAGACGGGGCGGGCGGGAGCAAUUUAAAGUAAUGACAUCACUUUUCCUGACAAGCGCUUCCCAACACAGGAAAGGGGCUGCGGGGAUUCUGUUGCGCUGUCAGGGAACAAGAAGGAGCAUCGCGGCUUCUUUUCAAGCAAAAUAGGAGUCCGACUCCUUUGUAGCCUCCGAUGUGUGUCGCAGGCUCGGCUCUCCCCAGCAGACGUCGCCGGACGAGCGGACUGAUCUACAGGCGGCACGCUCUUCCAAGAUUCAUGUCAUCCAGCGACUUCCAUGAAAACUAAAUCCGGAGAGCUGUGGAAAAGCAUGGGACUGGUCUUCUUUGACAGGAGCUACAUUCUACUUUCCGAGACACUGACGUGCGUCUUCGGUCCCCGAACGCCCGCUGAGAUUGACUUAGCGAAUAGCUUGCAGCCCAGAAUUGGAGCUCCCUGCCUUGGCUGAUGCUGCUGUCGGAUGCUCACAGGGAGAGCUGCAGGAGGUGGAUGUCUUAAGAUGGAGAAUUUAGCAAUGUGAAAAGGGGGAACUCCUCAUGUUUUCAUGGGAGAAGAAACCAGGGAGACUGGGAUACGUGCCCUCCGUUUAUUUUGAUUUCUGUGUGUGUUUUGAGCGCAUGCCCUCUGGGUAGUGGAACUGGACCGGCGCCGCGGCCCAGGAUGCGACUGGGAUUUGCCCGCAGGAGAGGAGGCCAAGGGGCACUGGACUGAGAGCAGGCGAUCUGCAGAUGGGAAGCCCGUACCCUCUUGACAGCUGCCUGUGGUCAUUGCUGCCAGCCAGGGAGGGCCCUUGGUAUGGAAUAGGUGGGACCUGAUGUUAGAGGUUUUUCUUUUUUAUCCUCUGCUCAAUCAAGCACAAGAAGACGGGAUUACGGCAAAUUCCUUCUUGAAGAGGUCAAAGGGGGAAGGUUUGCUAGAAGAAGGCAUGGGAAGGAUUGCAUUGCUCCAGUCUCUCUGAUCCUGAACCCGACCGGACUUGGCAGCCAGAAAACCUGCUGGAACGGAACCGCUGUCCCUGAUUACAGCAGCUCGGGAGCAUCACUGGGACAUGAUGUCCGAGGAGGCCGAACCAAGGCCAUGCAGUGACGCCUUUGAUCCAGGAGAGGGCGAGGAAGAGCCGGCCCUGGAGGGGCUGGAGGCAGAGAGCAGCCGGGAGCUGCUGGAGAGGCUGAGAGAGCUGGAGGCAGAGAACUCCGCCCUGGCCCUUGCGAAUGAGAGUCAGAGGGAGGCUUACGAGAGGUGUCUGGACGAGGUGGCCAACCAUGUUGUCCAGGCUCUGCUUAACCAAAAGGACCUGCGAGAGGAGUGCAUCAAGCUGAAGAUGAGGGUCUUUGACCUGGAGCGACAGAACAGGACCCUCAGCGAGCUGUUCCAUCAGAAGCUGCACACCACUGCUGGAUCGCUUCAGCAGCUGCCGUCGGAGCCAGCGUUGAGCCCAGAGCCCCCCCCCUUGGAUUCAGAUAGGCCAGUGGAGACCCCCGCCCAAGCACAGACUAAGAGCGCCGGGGACUGCGCGAGAAAUGGAACGCCGGGCACCAGAGCCCCCGCUGCGUCCAUGGAUGCACUCUCCCCGUUCUUCAGGAAGAAAGCGCACAUCCUGGAGGUGCUGCGAAAACUGGAAGAGACGGACCCCCUGAAGUUCCAUCCCUCAGCAGGGCUGUCUUCCUACCGAGACAUUGGGCAGGCGCUUCUGCCCACGGACCCAAUCAGACCAGGGGAACAUGCCGUCCAGCGGAAGGCCUCGGAUAUGGAGCGGCAUUUGAGUGGGGAUUCGGAUAUCCAUGACUACAUGAACGGUGAAGGGGCGCUUCCAGAGGACAACGGGCUGGACUAUGAGAGCUGUCAAUCUUGCUUGGUGUUCUCCCAGAAAAGUCUGGAUAGCCUGUUUAGAUGGAAGCAGGACAAUGCCAUGGGCCCAACUAAAAGGGAAAACACCCGUGGCCUUGAUCACAAAGAUGCACCGGUUUCCAUACAGACAAAGGAAUCAAUGAUGAUCCUGCCGCCAGGCAACGCAAACGAGUGUUGCAGCCCAGCAGAAAAGACAUCCUCGGAUUUCCCUUCUGAACCCAGGAAUGAGAAACCGAAUGACCUUGCACAGCUCUUGGCUAGCAAAUCUUAUUUCUGCUCACUCAUUAAAGACACUGAUCAGAAUGGCUUAAACAAACAACAGGAGGAUUCUUUGUCACUGGAAGAGCACAACAACGGCCCCUGUGAAGAGAAAUGUUGUGGCAAGCUCUCUGGUGCUAAUCUGCCUUUGCCGUGCCAAUCCCCACCCAGGGAAAAUGAUGAUCUUCCUUCAAAACAAAAUUUGAAGCACAUAAAAACUGUAGCCUUCCCUAGCUUAAAUGCAGGAGAGGUAAUUAACACAGAAGAGCAUUACCUCAAACUGGAGGCCUACAGCUCAACCGAAGCCACAAACGUGAAAAACAGUUUGUACAACACUACCUCAAACAUGACUGUACCUGGGGUCCCAGAAAGCUCUCAGAUUGCUUACUGCCAGCAGGAAUCAAGGGAACAGAUGUGUAACGGGUUGUACUUUUCCGAGUCCUGCUUUUCUAAGGAAGUUGAUUCCUAUUUACCGGCAAGUACACCUGAGAAAAACGAUCUCAACUUCCUACAGCAGGUGACUCAGGAGAAAGGCAAACUUGCACUUAGUCCCACUUCCCCUUCCUGCAUGACAGACACCAAGCCCUCCCCCAUUUCCUCCCCUUCUCGGCUGCUUAAGUUUCUCAAAAUACCCUCCAUUGGAGAGCGGGCCCAAGCCUCCAACCCCCUACGUCUCAGCCCUCAGCUCACUCGCAGCUCCAAGAUUCCCUGCCGGAACAACAACUAUGAAGUGUACCACUCCCCUGCCACAGCUCGCAGAGCUGCCACGGCUGAGAGAGACAAACAACCAGCCCCCUCCAAGAACGAUUCUUACCCCUCGACCCACUCUGCACCUACUUCACCCCCCAAACCGGAGGAAGUGUUACCCUUGCAGAAGGAUCCCAGUUAUAGCAGCCACUCGGCUCCUAAAGCCAGCCGGAACGCCAAGUUGGCACCUUCAGGGCAGCAACAGAGAAGCUUCCAGAAGGUGCCCCACUAUGAGAACCUCUCAGACCUUCCCACAGCUUGCCAGGCUGACGGAUCAACACAGGUUCUUGAAAGGGUGAACCAGUCCAGCUUCCCCUCCUGCUCCCCCGAAGGUCACUCAGAAAAACAAGUAAACUCUCUUGAGGAAAAACGGAUCAGUCCAGACCACAAAGAGCACCACCUCCCCUGUGGGAGCAGCUCAUCAUCGACCAACCCAUCUUGUGACCCUGCUGCCCCAGACCAAGACCUGUAUGUGGAGAAUUCUGUCUGGUACAAAAUCCAUGAUCACCACAGCUUGCCCAAUUCCUCUGCCGUCCACAAAUCUCAAAACAGCUGCCUCUACUCCAGUAUGAAGGACAAACAUGUUCCAGAAGCAGCCUUGCAAGCCUCUGAUUCAAUCCAGUCAUUCAAUCUUCCAGUCACGGCUAAAAAGGGAGAGCCUCCCUCCAUUCCCAAGAAGCCAGUGAGUGGGAAAUCUCCGAGUGAAUCCAGCCACCUUCCUUUUAAAGAACGCUUGGCAGCACUGGGCAAGCUGAAGAACACAGAAGACUCGCAUACCACUGGGCCUUUCGUGGGGUCCCCCUUAGAUAAGAAGGAUGGGCAGUGCAAUGGGAGGGUUGUCUCCUCCAGCAAUAAUGAGAGAAGCAAAACAGCUGAAAGGCAAUGUGAUCGCAAUGGAGCAGACCACAGACAUUCCAAAUAUACAGAUUCACUUGAUGGGAAGCCUUAUCCCAAAGCCAACCUCAAUAGUUAUGGCCUGAAGGCUCCAGGCCCUUAUGAACCAGGGGUGAAAUCCUUACCUCCCAGCACAUCGACUCCCAAAGCAGAUCUGGAGACUUUCUCUUCUAGAAUCUAUGUAGCAAGGGCAGAUGUUCCAAAGAUCAGAGCGGCUCUGCCAUCCUCAAACCCUGAUCCGCCUCAAGUCUUGCGCAACUUCAUGAAGUGUGCAAAUGCUCAGAAUCCUUCUCAGAAUGGCAAGACUGCCCCCAGCCCCCAGGGGAGUCCCACCAAGGUCCCAUUUAAAUCACCUACCAAACCUAACCAAGGGUCUUCCUCCAGCUCCAGAGGCUCCAAACCAACUCAGGAUGAGCGUGUCACCUCCCAGAAGCACUCGCCCAGGGCAGAUGACAAGAGCAAGCUGCUCGCAAACAAGAAGAAAAACUCAGCUUAUUCCGACAGCCUCCCGCCACCUCCUCCCAGGCCCGAUGCUGUUGGAGACAAGAGACCUCUUGUGCCUGGUCCCCAGUCUGCCAUUGAGCAGAAAGUGAUGAAGGGCAUUGAGGAGAAUAUGCUGAAGCUACAGGUGCAGGAUCGAGGCCAGGUAGUUGAAGUCAAGCAGAAAACCUCUAAUGGCAUUGCCAGCUGGUUUGGUCUGAAAAAGAGCAAACUGCCAGCUCUCAGUCGCAAGGCUGAUGUGGCCAAGCUCAAGGAAGACAAGAAGGAAUGGAAGCUCAACAUGCCUUCUGCAGGGAAAGACCCCAAAGUGGCCACCAAGAAGAAGCUGGAGGUAGAGAGCUUGAAUAUUUCCAAACUGAUGGAGAAGGCCGAGGACCUGCGGAAAGCCCUGGAGGAGGAACGGGCUUAUGUCAAUGGCGUGGCCUUGGACAGGGCCAGCCGGGGCCACUCCUGUGAGGUGGUUAUGGAUCAGAACCAGAGCCAGCUUUCCGUGGUCUACAGAGAGGUGACGUCUGACACUUUCAUGCAGCAACUGCUGAACAGGGUGGACGAGAGGGACUCCAGCGGCAAUGGCCUGGCACACCGACGCCUGUCCUUUGACUCCAAGAAAUCUCGGCCCAUCUUCAGCUCUCAGAGGAACGGCAUCAUCAGCCAUGCCAAGAGCCGGCAGGAGGUCGCCAAGGCUACGGAUCUAGUCUGCAAAGGUGACAUAACAUCGGACGAGAGCCUGACUGAGUCAGUCAACUCCCAGCACUUUGCAGGUUCCGGGUCCUCCACCAGAACCCUGGACAGUGGGAUUGGAACGUUCCCUCUCCCCGACUACGCCGGCUGUGUGGCGGGGAAACUUGUCCCCAAGGUGAAGCCCCGCGGAGAUCAGGAGUUCUCUGCGCCAUUGGGAAAAGCGGGACCGGUAACGAAGGUCCCACGUAAAGCCCGGACACUGGAGAGGGAGCUGUCGUCCCUGGAGGAGGCCUUCCCCAGAGACAAAGAUCUGAGCCCCGGGCUGUACAGCGCCGCCCUGGAGGGCAAGGGCUCCAGCACACACCUCUCCACUGCCAUCCAAGAAGAUGUAGAUGCUUAUGGAGCUCACGUUCAGUCCCCGCCUUCCAAGAACUGGACUUUCCCCAAUUUGAAGGCUUCCAGUGGUCCCACUGAGGUGUACUUGGGGAUGAGGAGUGACGUAGAGCCAGCCAGCCACGGGACCCCCUUCAGAAGGAGUGUGAAGCCAUGUGCUGCGGCCCCCUCCCGAGACAGUGACCCCGCCAGCCUGGCUUUGCCCCCUCCCCUGGGGCGCCGGGCAAAGAGCCGCACCCUCCCGGGCCCCGAGAUGGGCAAGGAGGGGGGGCUGGAGCUGGUCAAGGAGAAGGCCGACGACGUUCUGUCCCCUGGGCGGCCCCCCGCCCUGGAGACCCCCGAGUCCCUCAGCGACUCGCUCUAUGACAGUUUGUCCUCCUGUGGUAGUCAGGGCUGAGAGCGCUGCAGACAAACACCGAGACUGACCCAGGCAGGCAGGUGUGCCAGGACACUGCCGCCACAGUCCUGUCUCCGGGUUUAACUGAGGAUCAGGCUGACAGACAAGCUCGACAGGCUUCAGACCACAGCAGAAUUACAGUCCAGAUCGACAGGCAUGCCAUUACUCAAAGCAGUAUCUGAUUCAGUGAAUUGACUUGAAUUCAGCAGAAUGCAGUAUUCACCAUUUCUAGGUUUCCUACAGGGAAGAUCUAGACACACCUGUGACUGGCAGACUGACAGGCCUGACACAGCCAUUGGCAGACAGACUUUUCUGACCUCUGGGAAGAUUGUUCCCACAAACGUUUCGGUCACAUUAAAUUGAACAUCCAAAGCCGGGAUUUUUGUAUAGACCUUGCACUGGCACAAACAAGGCCGGCCGGUGUUUCAUUGUCCAGCUGUGACCAAAAGUAAGAGGUUGCUGAGGCAUUACAAAACAUUUGUCCACUGCUGCAGCGUGGGAGGUCAGGCAAUGACAUCCUGUAAUGAGCUUGUUCUCCUGCAGACAGUCAAAUACACCUCCACCACUCUGGAAAACAGACUGUCCCUCAGGAUUUCCAGACAGACACUUGCUCACAAGAAUCCCCUGGAUAUUUCAGACGUGGUCACAGUCGCUCUGCCCUUUGUAAAUUUCUGAAAGGAGGCAGACGAUUCCCAGACACACAAACCCAUUUCCUUUCGACACAAAUCUGUCGUCUAUUUUUACAUGCAGAUCUGACCACGUGACUUGGACCAGGACAUGGCGACUCAUCGAGCAUUAGCCCUCCUGAACAUGCAAAGGACUCUGAUGCAGUUACUGCCAAGCAAUUAUUUUCUGAGCUUCUGUUUUUCUUUUUUUUUAUACCAGAUGAUAUUUAAAAUGACGAAUAGGCUUCCAAUUAUUUAAAGAGGAAAAGAAAAUCUGGAAUUUUUAAAUGUGAAUGUUAUUGUUCUCUGUUCCCGUUCGUUGUUGAAUUAU